UUAUGUUAAUGUUGUGUCUGACUUUAAUCUUUCUUUUCAUUAUGUACGUUAUUAUAAUCUCUACAUGAAUUCAUUGAAAAUUAUGAGAUAUAUAUAUAGAUGUAGAAACUACGUUAAGGAAUUGCUUAAUUAAAUGAGUUCUAUUUCUCCUCACUAUUAACUUUUUAAUGCCUUCAUUUUACUGUUAGCUUACUCUUCUUUUCCUUUUUAUCCUUCUGUUUUGUUUAUUUAUGUCUAUUCAUUUUUCUGUUAUCAAAUGUGAGAACUUAAGCAUAAAACAAGAUGUUUAUGAAGUAUAAUAUGAGAGAAUAGAGUAUACUCACUGGCAAGUUAUUUUUGCAACUUCUUCAUUCGAAUUAUUCUUAUGACUUAGAUGGCAACACCUCUAUGUUGAAGUAUUUUCCACUUCAGUAGUUUAUGAAAUAUUCCCUCUAUCUAAGGUAGUUUAUAUCUUCUCACUGUGAGACAUGUUUGAUGGUAACAGAGUUGAAAUUUUAGAGGCUACGUUUCUGUCAAUGAUAAUUUGUUUUGUCGAAAUUUGUCCUCAAGUCUUGACCAAUCCGAUCUGCGUGUCUACAUAGGUCUUUGCUAUACUAUCUUAAUGGCAUGCAAUGGUGCUAAACCAUCUUUACUGUCUGGAUCACUGGAUCAAACAAAUAAUGCAUACGGUCCCAACAGAAGAAGAUUUCUCAGUGUUAAAAGUGCUCCACUAGCAGACCUUGUUCCUAAAGAUCUCGGUAUCAGUGUUUCACUCACACCUCCUGAAUCCAUUUUUGGGAAACUACAUCCAAGUGUUAUGAACUUGGCUGUGGCUUUGGCAGUCUAUCUCGGUGUUGGCACCUUAUCCUUUUACACUGUCCUGGAUGAUAUGAAAGGGAAGAAAUCGAGUCCAAUGAUUGAUGCUCUAUAUUUCACGGUUGUGACUAUGACUACCGUAGGAUAUGGGGAUUUAGUGCCUAAUACUACCUACAUAAAGGGGCUUUCCUGUGUAUUCGUAGUCAUAGGGAUGGCACUUGUGGGAUUAAUAAUGGGCAAAGCAGCAGAUUACAUAGUAGAGAAGCAGGAAAUGUUGCUGGUCAAAGCCAUAAGCAAGCAUAAAAAAUACGGUCCAUUUAAAAUUAUGAAGGAGGUGGAAACCUACAAAAUAAGCUAUAAGUGCCUUUUGGCCAUGGCCGUUCUUUCAAUUUUAAUGUUGGUUGGAACCAUAUUCCUGUUCACAGUUGAAGAUAUGGACUUCAUUGACUCCAUCUAUUGUAUCUGCACAACCAUCACAACCCUAGGUUAUGGAGAUAAAGCCUUCUCAACUGCAGGUGGGCGACUUUUUGCUGUGAUUUGGAUACUGACCAGUACUAUUGGUUUGGGUCAGUUCUUCAUGUACGUUGCUGAGGUAUUCACUGAAAGCAGACAAAGGGCACUGGUUAACUGGGUUCUUACCAGGGGGAUGACCAAUCUAAACCCAAAUGCUGCUGAUAUUGAUAAUGAUGGAGUUGUUGAGGUUGCUGAGUUUGCUGUACAUAAGCUUAAAGAAAUGGGGAAAAUUAGCCAAGAAGAUAUCUCAUGCUUAAUGAAAGAGUUCGAGGAUCUUGAUGUUCAGCAAUGUGGAUUAUUGUCAGCAUCUGACUUAGUGUUUGCUCAAACAAAGAGGAGAUCUUAGCCAUCAAGAAGUGGCUAUCAGCUAUGUACAACUAUAUAAUAUUGAAAUCAUGUAAUGUAAGGGUUACUUACUAAGUUUGUCUCUCUUGAAUGUCUCUCCCGUAUCUUGGGCUAGUGGGUUGGGAUUUGAGAGCUUCUAUGGGCAAGCUUUCAAAUUUGAUUUUGUAUAUGCUAGUAAAAGAAAACGUCCGUUUAUCUACUUCUGAUAUAUUAGCAGAACUCUCUUUAUCAGUUCCCAUGCGAAACUUUUGUGAGAGUGAUAUAUGUCAGUAUGGUGAAGCAAACAUUUCCUGCUGAUUUUUCUGUCAUAUAAAUGAUAAAAAAUUUCAAAGACUA